AUGGAGACCACUGCGAGCUUGGCAGCGCGCCCGCUUCCCUUACUUGGAACAGUUGAGCCCCGUGCAGGUGGCCGAUUCAGUAGCCUCGAUGCACUUUCUGCUCGGCGGAUUACCAUUGCCACUCGCACGAGUCUGCCGGGUAGGCCGUGGCACGGCAGCUGCAGAGUGCGCGCCGAAGUCCCUGCUGACGCCAGCGGCGGGAGCAGCGGCUCUGUUGCGGAGAGUAGCCAGUCGGUGAGGUCCUCGGGCAAUGAGCGCUCGGCUUUGGCGGAGCGCAACGAGCGACUGAUGCGCAUGCAGAAGGAGCUGCUGGAUCAGCUGGAGGAGCGGCGUAAGCUACACGCCGCGUUAUUGCAGUCGCUGGACACGCCAGCUGCCACCAUAAAGGCGUUCAACGAGUCGGAUCGCGGGGGUCUCCCACCCGUGUCUCGCCAGGACCUUCAGCCCGCAUCACCAGCUCGCCUCGCCCGUCCCCCUCCUGCGUCACCCCCGUCGCUUCCGCCAAGGGCUGCGCCUGCACCCGUCGCCCCCACUGCUACUGCUAGUGCCCGCGCACCCCCUGCUUCGCCUAAACCCGCACCCGUUGCUUCGCCAACCCCCGCAGCAGUAGCCAGCAGCAAAGCGCUGUCGCUCCCGGUCAAGGCGCCCUCCUCAUCGACCCCGUUGCGCCCGCCUGUCGCCCGCACGUCCCCCGCUGCCAAGCCCGCGACGUCUCCCGUCGCUAUUCCUUCCAGAAUGCCACCUCCCGUCUCUCCUCCCGCCUCUACCCCCCCUCCUCCCGCUGCCCGGCCUUCGCCUUCUCCUGUCGCUGCCGGCCCCCCUGCCGCAACCAAACCGCGCGCCACCCCUGCUGCUUCACCAUCCUCGCCGGCCACACGGCCUCCACCCCGCUCCCCUGCCCCCACCCCGAAUCAACCCGCAGCACCUUCAGCACCUUCCCUUCCACCUUUCGUCAGUGCUGUUACAGCUGCACGAGCGGCGCCCAAGGUUGCUGCACCUGCCGCGCCCCUCGCCGUUCCUAAGCCAAGACCGUCCGCUCCUCCCAUCGCCCUGCCUCGCGCCGCGCCGCCUCCUCCAAAGCCUGUAGCGCCGCCCGCGCCAGCGGCGGUUACGCCUUCGGCACCCCCGGCAGAGGUGAAGGCGGAACCGCUGGCAGGGCCGAAUGUGAUGAACGUGGUGAUGGUGGCGAGCGAGUGCGCGCCCUGGUCCAAGACCGGCGGCCUCGGGGACGUCGUCGGCGCGCUGCCCAAGGCCCUGGCGCGCAGAGGCCACCGCGUCAUGGUGGUGGUGCCUCGCUACGGCAACUACGAGGGGCUGGAGAGCACAAACGUUCGCAAGAGAUUCAACGUCGCAGGCCAGGACAUGGAGGUGCUGUACCAGCACAAGUACGUGGACGGCGUUGACUUCGUCUUCAUCGACCACAACUGGUUCCACCACCUCAACCAAAACAUCUACGGCGGCUCGCGCGAGGUAUCGUGUUACCACCCGCCCCGCACGUCCCCAUUGCUUGUGUUGCGGCACGCAUUCCUUGCUGCUCCGGGCGGCACAUCACUCGUGUGUGCGCGGCCCUUUCCACUGCUGCCGUGUGUCCUCACCGCCAUCCCCUCCUUGUCAAUGACCCCCUCCCCCCUCGCUACUCUAACCUCCCUGCACGUGUGGCUGCAGGCGCCGUGGCACGUGCCAUGCGGGGGGGUGUGCUACGGGGACGGCAACCUGGUGUUUGUGGCGAAUGACUGGCACACAGCACUGCUGCCGGUGUACCUGCAGGGGUACUACCGCGACCACGGCAUGAUGGAGUUCACGCGCUCCGUGCUGGUCAUCCACAACAUGGCCCACCAGGGUCGCGGGCCCGUCGCCGAGUUCCCCUGGCUGGGCCUGCCGGAGCACUACAUAGAGCGCUUCCGCCUGUACGACCCGGUGGGCGGCGAGCACAUGAACAUCUUCAUGGCCGGCAUCAUCAGCGCCCAGCGCCUCGUCGCCGUCAGCCGCGGGUACGCCUGGGAGGUGCAGACGCAGAUGGGCGGGUGGGGGCUGGAUGGCGUGCUGCGCGAGCAUGCAGGCAAGCUGCGGGGCGUGGUGAACGGCAUAGACACGGUGGAGUGGGGGCCUGAGAGCGACGUGCACCUGGUGGACGACAAUGACGGGCGCUACGGGUACAUGCACUACAACAUCGACACUCUCGAGGAGGGCAAGGCCGCCUGCAAGGCUGCCCUGCAGCGCGAGCUGGGGCUGCCUGUGCGCGCUGACGUGCCGCUGCUGGGGUUCAUAGGGCGGCUGGACUACCAGAAGGGCGUGGACAUCAUCGCCGAGGCCAUGCCGUGGCUCACCCAGCAGGACGUGCAGCUCGUCAUGCUGGGUACCGGCCGCGAGGACCUGGAGAACGUGCUGCGGGAGAUGGAGGGCAAGCACAAGGACAAGGUGCGCGGGUGGGUGGGCUUCUCCGUCAAGAUGGCCCACCGCAUCACCGCCGGCUGUGACAUCCUGCUCAUGCCCUCGCGCUUUGAGCCCUGCGGCCUCAACCAGCUCUAUGCCAUGCGCUACGGCACCGUGCCCGUGGUGCACGCGGUGGGCGGGCUGAGAGACACGGUGACGGCCUUUGACCCCUUCAACGACUCAGGGCUGGGGUGGACGUUUGACCACGCGGAGGUGGGUGGGCUGGUGCACGCGCUGGGCAACGCCAUCUACACGUACCGCGACUACCGUGACUCGUGGCGGCGCCUGCAGCGCAGAGGCAUGGCGCAGGACCUGAGCUGGGACGCUGCUGCUGUGCAGUACGAGGAAAUCCUCGUAGAGGCCAAGUACACGUGGUAG